UGCAGGACACGUUUUGAACGCAGUCAUUCACCGAUAAUAUUCUAAUUUUUUCGAACAUAGGUCUAUCUUAGUAAAUGACAACUUCCUCGCUAUGUGAAGGCGCUUCAGACGGUGAAAGGAGUCCGAGAGAAAACUUUUGUAGAAACUUUUGAGCGAAAUGACACGGAAUUUACCUCUUUCAACCGGAAUGGUGGCUAUUUUCGCGUUUGUUUGGAUGGGGAGUCUCAUGCCACUCUGUCAAACGAUAAUAUACACAAAUGACUGGGCGAUCAGGAUAAAUGGGGCACCCGCCUCUGCAGACAGUAUAGCGGAGAAAUAUGGAUUUCACAAUUUGGGUCAGAUUGGAGACUUGAACAACUUUUAUAGUUUUCGCCACAGUGGGACGGUGGAGCGGUCCACGUCGUCCAACAAAGACUUUACCGACCUCAUCGCCAAGGAGACCAAGGUGGAGUGGGUGCAGCAGCAGGUGGUCCAUUGGAGGACUAAGAGGAACUCCAGAGCCAGUCACAUCUACUCCAUUGACGUUCGGACGAAACACAUUCACCCAGGCCCCGUCCAACCUAACCAGACCCAGACAAUGGUUUUCAAUGACCCCCAGUGGUGCAGCUUGUGGUACAUUCACUGCAGUGAGGGCUCCCAGGGCUGUCCUUCCUACAUGAACAUCGAGUGGGCCUGGAGGAGAGGACACACAGGGAAGGGAGUGGUGGUGUCCAUCUUGGAUGACGGCAUCGAGAGAGAGCAUCCUGAUCUCAGGCCAAAUUAUGACCCCUUUGCCAGCUAUGAUUUCAAUGGGAAUGAUGAUGACCCCACGCCCAGAUACGACUCCAGCAAUGACAACAGCCAUGGGACAAAAUGUGCUGGGAUGGUUGCCGCGGCAGCAAAUAACUCUCAGUGCACUGUUGGAAUCUCCUUCAAUGCUCGGAUAGGUGGCAUUCGUAUGCUGGACGGAGAUGUGACGGACAUAGUAGAGGCCCAAUCCCUGAGCUUCAGGCAGCAGCACAUUGAUAUUUACUCUGCCAGCUGGGGGCCGGAGGAUGAUGGGAGGACUGUGGAAGGACCUGGCCCUCUGGCUCGCCUCGCAUUAGACAACGGCAUACGCACUGGAAGGAAGGGGCGUGGCUCCAUCUUCGUGUGGGCGUCGGGUAACGGUGGGCGGAGCAGGGAUCACUGCUCCUGUGACGGCUACACCAACAGCAUCUACACCAUCUCCAUCAGCAGCACCACCCAUAGCGGGGCCAGGCCCGACUACCUGGAGCCUUGCCCCUCGACACUGGCCUCCACCUACAGCUCCUUCUCCACCGACAGACAGGGAGCCAAGAUGGUAACAUUGGACCUGAAACAAGGCUGUAGCAAGGAGCAUUCUGGGACCUCAGUCUCCGCUCCAAUGGCAGCAGGGGUCAUCGCACUCGCCCUGGAGGCCAACCCACUGCUGACUUGGAGGGACGUGCAGCACAUUAUUGUCAGAACGUCACAGGCCAGUCACCUGACCUCCCCUGACUGGCACACCAACGGAGCUGGAUACCAGGUGAGUCACCUGUAUGGCUUUGGGCUGCUGGAUGCAGAGAGCAUGGUGAAGGAGGCUGAGCGAUGGAGACUGGUCCCCUCCCAGCAUGUGUGUGAAGAGGCUCCCACCCAAGAGAGCAGAACCAUUCCUCCAGGCCUUGUGCUGAGGUCUGUGUAUGAGUCCACCGGCUGCUCCCAUCAUCCCCUGCAGCACAUUGUGUAUCUGGAACAUGUAGUCAUCCGUGUCACCAUCACCCACAGUCACAGAGGUGACCUCUCCAUCACACUCACUUCACCCGCUGGGACCAAGUCACAGCUACUGGCAAACAGGCCUCUUGACCACUCCACUGAGGGCUUCCAGAGCUGGGAGUUCAUGACCACUCACUGCUGGGGGGAGAAGGCAUCAGGAGAGUGGAGUCUGGAGGUCCUGGAUACUCCCUCUCAACAAAGGGACAACAGCAAAACAGGGGAAUUGAGAGAGUGGUCUCUAGUGCUUUAUGGCACCUCAGAGCAACCAUACUCCAUGCGGCGUGAGCAAGCCCGCUCGGCAGAGCUGCCAACUGACGGUGGUGACCUCACUGAGGAAUACAACGGCCGAUGUGACCCAGAGUGCAGUGAGGAUGGCUGUGAGGGACCAGGCCCCCAGCAGUGUGUCACAUGUCUACACCUCUUCCUCAAGUUCAAGAACAACACCAGGACAUGUGUGUCUGUGUGCCCUGUGGGAUUCUGGGGCGACCGGCGUCGCUGUAAGAAGUGUUUCUCUUCCUGUGAAAUCUGCACGGGCAGCCGCAGUGACCAGUGUACUACAUGUCGUGCUGGACACCACCUGACCGAGGGAACCAAUAGUUGCACGGCAAGCUGUGGUGACAAUUAUUACUUGGACCAUGAUGGAAAUAUGUGCAGGAAGUGCAGUGAAAAUUGUUUGAGAUGCACCUCGGCGAACAUCUGCACGGAAUGCAAAUCAGGCACAAGAACACAGAGCCCAGAUAAUGGUGUGGGCAUUGAGGCGUGUAACCAGUGUGCUGAUGGGUACCUGAUGGAGGAGUGGAGGUGUGUUUCCUCCUGUAGUCCUGGCUUCUAUGCCACGGAGAGCAGCCCACAAAAAACUAGUGAUGGACCCAGGAUAUGCAGGAGGUGUGAUUCCAGCUGUCUCACCUGUGUGGGAGCGGGGAAGGGGAACUGCAGCAGCUGUGCUGGUGGACACAGUCUUGUGGACAAAGUGUGUAUGGUCAGCACCAUCUGUGGUGAUGGAGAGUACCAGGAUAGCCAUGGGAAGUGCCAUGCAUGUGACGCCACGUGUCUGAAGUGUACAGGCCCAAAGUCCGAGGAAUGUAUCAGCUGUGGCCCCUCUAGGUCUCUGGAUCAGGGUUGCUGUGUGGCUCAGUGUGCCCGGGGGAAGUACCAGUCAGGUGGCCAGUGCCACCUGUGUGACCACACCUGUGCCAUGUGCCUGGAUGGAGGGCCUGCCAACUGCACCAGCUGUGACACCGACAAAUUCAACAUGGACCGCUACCUGUACAAGGGGGGUUGCGUCGACGCUUGUCCGGAAGGACAUUACCAUACGCAGGAGAAGAGCUGCGAGGCCUGCCCCGACAACUGCAAGCUCUGCUCCUCCGCCACACACUGCCUGCGCUGUAACUCCUCCUACUACACCACUGAUGGAGUCUGCACCCGACUGGAGUGUGGGGAAGGUGAGGUGGAGGAUCCAGAGUAUGAUGACUGUAUGGCCUGUGAGGAGGGCUGUAAGAAGUGUGUACUGUAUAACCCCAGGCAUUGCCUAUCCUGCACUGACGGCUUUUACAAAUUCCAAGAUGGCUGCUACAAGAACUGCCCAGCGAAGACGUUCAGCGUAGAGGAGGAGAUGACCUGUGUGCCGUGUGAUGAAAAGUGCGUCAGCUGUGACGAACAUGAGUGCUACUGGUGUGAAACCGACCUCUUCUUAUCAGAGGGGAAGUGUGUGCCGGAGUGUCCGGACGGUUUCUACGGAGACGAAGACACCCAGGAGUGUGAAGAGUGUCACUCUGACUGUGUGACAUGCAGCGGUCCCGACAGUGACGACUGUGUGUCGUGUGAGGAGGGGAAGAGCCGGGAAGAGGGGGAGUGUGUCUCUACACAGGAUUCCUGCCCUGUUAAGACCUUCCUCACUGGUGAAGGAGAGUGUGAGGCCUGCCAUGCCUCCUGUGACUCAUGUUCAGGAGAGGAGAAGAGCCAGUGUAAAACCUGUGUGAAAGGGCGGUUCCUGUCAGCAGAGCAGGUGUGUGUGUUGAAGUGCCCAGCGAGCUCGUUUGCCAGCCGGCUUAGCGGUGUGUGCGAGCCGUGUCCUCGGGGGUGUGCGCAGUGUGCGGACGAGCAUCGCUGCACCCGCUGUCAGGUGGUACGCAAGGCCCCGCUCUACCUGCAAGACGGACAGUGUGUUCGUCAAUGCCAGAGUGGGUAUGCAGCGGGCCAGGUGUGUCGCGGCUGUGCGACAGGCUGUGCCUCCUGUGAGAAAAACGCCACCCACUGUCUGAGCUGUGUGGAGCCCUUCCUUCUGUACAAACACAAGUGUGUGGAGGCCUGCCCCCCUGCACACACGCUCAGAGACGGGGAGUGUCAGCACUGUCCCACAGCCUGCCAGGAGUGCAGCCCCAACAGCGAGUGCACAGGCUGUGAGGAGUACCACUUCCUCUACGAGGGCCGCUGUGUGACGGACUGUCCCGAGAGGUUCUUCCAGGACUCUGAGCAGGACGUGUGUGUCCGCUGUCACCCUGACUGUGACCAGUGUGACGGUCCGGAUGGGGACGACUGUGACUCCUGUGCAGACCCAGAGGCCACCCUGCACAACGGAGCCUGUCUGCCAAACUGCCCCUCCCACACCUACAGGGACAGCAGGACUGGGCAGUGCAAAGACUGUGAUGGCUCCUGUCUUACGUGCUCGGGGCCCCACGCUGGCUCCUGCUCCAGCUGCAGAGAGGGUCAGAGACUGGACACCGACGGGCAGUGUGACCCCUUGGUUAACAGGUGCACCCCCCGCCACUACACUGACCAGGAUGGAGAAUGCCACCCAUGCCACAAGUACUGCCAGCAGUGCAACGGGCCGGGAAGGAGCCACUGUCUGAGCUGCAACCAGAACCAUUUCAUACUGAAUGGUACCUGUAUGGACUUCUGUCCUACUGGGUUCUACCAAGAGGACUCAAGCCAGAGAUGUGAAGGAUGCCACCCAGCCUGUCUCACCUGCAUGGGCAGACACAGCCACGAGUGUCUCAGCUGCAAGGACCACCUAUUCAGAGAGGGCAAGGAGUGUGUGGACACCUGCCAACCAAGUCACUAUGGAAACAUGACCUCGAGGACGUGUGAGAGGUGUGACCCGAGCUGCGGUGAGUGUUCCGGGGGCAGGGCGGAUGGCUGUCUGAACUGUGCAGAUGGACUGCUCUACCUGAGGAAACAGGGACACUGUCACUCCAGCUGUCCCCAGGGACACUAUCAGGACAGACAGCACCACACCUGUGAGCCCUGUCACUCGAGCUGCAGAACCUGCUCAGGAAAAGGAUCUCAGGCGUGUGACUUGUGUCACAUGGGCUACACGCUGUCAGACGGAAUGUGUGAGUCCCACUGCAACAUGGGUCAAUACCCCGUGCUACAGGAUUGUGAGGACUGUGACGGUUCCUGUCUGGACUGUAGUGGACCUGGUCCAUACAACUGCACCAUUUGUCCUGCCCAUGCCAUCCUCACAGCCGGGGGGCGCUGUCUGCUCUGCUGUCAGAACGACCUGCCAGUAGAGGGAGAUUCCACAGCGCUGCAGCAGCAGCAGGAAUGCUGCAACUGCACUGAGACAAGAGGGGAGUGCGUCCUCAGCACUAACCUGGCCUUCCGCAAUGACGAAGAGGAGUCAACCGGGAACAUGGUGCUCUUCAUCACCACCUCCAUCCUACUGCUGCUGGGCCUGGGUACCGUAGUCUUCCUCAUCCGACGCUCCCGCUCCAAGAGCCCCUCCCUCCCCGACCCCAUCACGGCCCCCCGUGGCUACGAGAAGCUGGGUGGCGGGCGUCAUAAUACCACAUCCGCAAGUUCCAGCGGGCAUUUCCGCGAGGCCCAGUUGGUGGAACUCUCCGAGCGCUGCGGGGAUAAGGAUGAGGAAGAUGAGGACGAAGAUGAGGACAUUGUGUACAUGGGUCAGGAUGGAACGGUCUACAGGAAGUUCAGGUACGGACAGCCAGGGAAUGAUAAUGACGACGAGCUGGAGUACGAUGAUGAGAGCUAUACAUUUCGCUGAUGAGUGAUUUUACGCUUUUUCUACAGUUCUAUCUCUUUCUUCCUUUUUCUCUCUACCUCCUUUAUUUUCUCUCUCUGACUAGAUCUUUCCCUCAGGGUUUGCAUCCAUUUUAUUUGUCCUCCUUUGAUAUUCACUUAAAACAAGAAUGAAUAGCCAUUUCAUACUGAGGGGUGUUUAAAACAAAUGCUGUUCAUUCACAAAACUGUAUGUUCUAGUCAAAGACCAGUUAUUUUUAACAUUUAUGGGAAAUGUAUAUUUUAUUUUGUUGUGUCUUUGGUUUAUUUUGUGUGUGGCUUCAACCAUGAACCCUGUUAAACAAUAUCCUAUUGGUCGUCAAAUCGGUUUCAAAAUGGUGUUACUCCUCUUUGUAAUUGUGGUGGUUUUGAAGUUUAAUACGGGCUCUAUUCAGUCUGGAACCGAUGAAGCGUUACAGAUUGCACAAAAUAAAUGUUACGGUCAUUUCCGAUUGAGCCGACAUAUGCAGUGUUUACCCUGAAUGCCGUCUCCGCUAACUCGGGAACAUUGCCUUUAAAUUUCAAUCAAGCUGUAACGCUGAUGGAGUGGAGUCCUAACACUUUCAGAGUUAUGGUUUUGCCACUUGUCUUUGUAUAAUUAGUUUGCAGUCAUUGACUUUUGAUUAGAAAAUAUUGUGUUGUUAUUCAAAUAAAGUUGAAUUGAA